AGGUGACCCUUCUUGGGGGCAGUGGCAGCCCCAAACUGGGCACAAGAUUUGGUGAGCAGAAUGCAGACUGGAUUCCAGCCCUACCUGUCCCCCCAGACAGAGGACGUCCUGCGAAUGAGUGGACUUUUCCUAGGUACUGUUGCUGCAGCCGGAAUGCUAGCUGGAUUUGUUACAACAUUAUCAUUGGCUAAAAAGAGAAGCCCAGAAUGGUUUAAUAAGGGAAGUAUGGCCACCGCUGCCCUGCCCGAGAGUGGGUCUGCCCUGGCCUUGCGCGCCCUGGGCUGGGGCUCCCUGUAUGCGUGGUGUGGGGUUGGUGUGAUCAGCUUUGCGGUCUGGAAGGCUUUAGGAGUUCACAGUAUGAAAGACUUUCGAAGUAAAAUGCAGUCAGUGUUUCCAGCAAUUCCCAAGCACUCCGAACCUGCUGCCGAGUGGGAGGAGGCGCUGAGACCCAAGUGAGAGGAACGUGGUGAAUGAUUCCAGAACGACGCCCCGGCGAAGGGCCUGGCUGAUGUCUCCUCGGGAAGACGUGCCGGGUGUCGUCUGAACCCGUGGCGGGCGACCCUGGGUGUGUUCCACAGUCCUUGUGCUUGCUGCAGAACCCCGGUGUGCAUGUGCACGGGGGUGUGGGGUGGGGGGGUUCAAUUUUCCCAAAGUUAGGAAGACUUUAAAAAUAAAUACAUGGAUAACCUCUCUAUGGAGAAGAUCCUGGGGAAAUACUUGUUUACGACUGUGACAGUUGGAACUAAGUUUUGUACCUGAGAAAACUGAAUAAUAGCCUGUGAUGGAAAAUCUUUAUGCUGGAUUCCUACCAGCAGCACCUCAGUGUGUCUGAUUAAAUGAGUCUCCAGAGUCUUUCCUGUCCGUCUGUGACUCAGACGGCUGCUCCUGCUGGGCGGCCUCCAGGGGACAGGCGAGGGAAUCCGAGCCUGCGGCGGGGCUGGCCUUCCAGGGCCGGCGACCCCGCCUGUGUCCUGCAUAGUCUCACAUUGGGACGAGAAGCCAGUAGCACAUCUUAGCUUGGGAAGGUACAGCUAUGCUAAAAUCAGAAUAAUGACAUCAUGGGUAUAAAAUGUAUUAUACUGAGAAACUGGUUCUGGGUCUCUAAACAUUAACUGACAGUUUGUAGUUUUGUCUCAGUUGUCAAUGUACACAUUGCCCAGUUAUCAGCUAUCCAAACAAGUAUUUUUAACCAGCAAGUUACCUGAGCAGUAAGUCUCAAUAUUAAGUAUUUAGUACUGCCUGCUGAUGAAACUGGUGGAUUUUUACAUACACACCCAAGCUUUCCUGUCCUCCAUGAGCUCCUCCAGAAAACAGAAUCAUGUCUCAUUGGAAUUAUUUGUAUUGGAGAUUUAAAUGUUUUAAAGAAAAAUAAUAUGUCCAGAAAAAUAACCUCUGAUUGAAUAUCAAGUGUGCAAUUUUUUUUAUCAUUGUUUGGGCUCUAAUUAGCAAUCAGGUUUAAUAAAGUAUGUUUGAACUUAAUCUGUUAUAAUGAAACUCUCUAGUUCUAAGGAAAAAUUUUAAAUGAAGUGUGAGCAUGUAGCAUAUAUACAUUUUUCUCUGGACCACAUUACCCUGUUAAAAC